AAUCCAUACUGGGAUUAAAUGACGAUUCGAUCCUUGAGUACCUAAGAAUUAGAAAAAUGAUUCCAAAUCAAGAAGGCAGUAUGGUUAAACCAUCGAAUCUUUAUCAUGCGGAUGUAGAACUAUUUCGUAUAGUCUUUGGUAACGCACCAGAUAAGUUAUUAAGUGCAAGCUUCAAAGGGAAUAGCGACUCUAUACAGAAUCUGCAAAAAAUCGGUGUAAAUACAUCAGUUGACGCGAAAAAUUUUCUAAAGUGUGCUGAGUACAUUGCAGAACAAGUGAAAUGGACAGCUGAGUUAGAGAACGAUUCCACCAUUAAUCUUCGUGUUCCUGCAUUAGUUGCUUUGAACUAUUUAUACAAUAAUUUCUCCUCGUUGAGCUUCAAUGAUGAACAGUGGGCUUGUCUCGAGUUGAUUGAAUUCGUCCCCGUUGUACCGGUUAUGGCAAAUGGUCAGAGACACAAAUGUUGCCCUAUGCCUCCUAGUGGAUUUGGGACACUCAAAAACAUCUGUCGCCCAGAGUACAGGGAUAUUUCAUGGACACAGCUGCCAAUUAUCGAUUAUAAUGUCAUUCCGAGAGGAGACAUAACGAGAAAAUAUCCUCACAUUGGGACGCCAACACCUGAACAUGUUCUAAAGCAUUUGAAACAGAUUUCUAUGAAACUGGAUGAAUUGGUAGACCGGAAAGACGUGUAUCGUAUUGUAAAAAUGAUCUAUGGAAUCCUGGAUAGAACUGCUCGAAAUAGCGACUCAACCAUUGGGAGAUGGCUGAAAAAGGCGGGUACUAUUUUUUUAAAUAUAAAUGAGGGAGAAGAUCCAUUCGACCGUAAGAACUGGAAGGCGUAUUCACAAUUGAAGUUCGGAGCUACCAAACAAGAAAAUGAUUUCAUAAAAGAAAUCCUUCAACCGUAUCCGGAAUUACUUAAGGCUGCGGGGGUCAAAAAUGUACGACUGGAAUGCCUUCCCGAACCCGAAGACAAGCAGACGAAUAGAUUUCUCACCGGGAUUUUGAACCUUCUCUCGGAAAAUCCGGAUGUACACGAUACAGUCUUUGAUGUCAAAGGCGAAAAAUUUUAUGCAAAUAAAUAUGUGCUAGCAGCUAACGGAGGAAUGUUCAAAAAAUUUCUCUCUAGCACUCACUUCAAAGGAUCGACUCCGUCUGACCCAGCCGUUCAUGAAAUUUCGGAAAUGGAUCCACGAUCGUUUGAGGUCUUUCUAAGUUAUCUUUAUGGAAACAUGUUAAAUGUUUCCAUCAGUUCGAAGUGGAAUGUUGUCGAAGAAGAGAGCGAAAGAGUGCAAUUAUAUUUGGACCUUUUGUGGGCAGCAAAUUUUUACGAAUUAAUUGAUUUACGUGACAUUGUAGAAUGUAGACUAUCACGUUAUUUAACACGCACAAAUGUCAAGAUUAUCAAGGAAUAUGCUGACAAGUACGAGGGGAAACAGUUGGCGAAAGUUUGUGCUAACUACAUGAAAACUAACUGCCAAGAUUAG